AUUGUAGAAGCGGCCUCAGCUCCGUCCGCGGAAAGCAGGCACUGUAGAGCGCGACUGGCGCGCUGUAUAGUCGCUGCAGACUGCGAGCGAGAGAGGCGCGUCGGAGCGAGACGGAGAAAGCCAGCCAGCUAGUCGCUCUCUGCGUGCAGCGGCGGACUAUAGUGGAGCAGCAGCACCGGCAGCAAUCCUUCCUCCUACGCGACGAUAACUCGCACCUGGACUCCGAACGUCCCUGCGCGUACACGCGAACUCGAUCGGCAGUGGACGACAGAGGAAUUGAUAAGCAGAGGGACAGCAGCACAACUGGCGGACGCUCGGCGAAUCGCCCGGACGAUGAGGACGGAUCGACUCCUGGUGCUGCCGGCUCUCGGCGAACGUUGCUCAGGUUAACUCGAGCCGUGUACGCGCGGAGACAGCGACGGGACAUAGUCCAGUCAUCGACAGCGCAGCAGCAGCGUCGUAUUCCAAGGAGGCGCGUCGUCUGCUCGCAUCGGCGCGAGACACCCCGUGAGACAAGGAGGACGAGCGCACCAGGAUGUACUCCAAGGGCAAGGGCGCGGCCGUGCCCUCGGACCAGCAGGCCAGAGAGAAAUUAGCGUUAUACGUAUAUGAAUACCUGUUACACAUUGGUGCGCAAAAGGCAGCGCAGACAUUCUUGUCAGAGAUCCGGUGGGAGAAAAACAUAACGCUCGGCGAACCUCCGGGAUUUCUACACUCUUGGUGGUGUGUAUUUUGGGACCUGUACUGCGCGGCACCGGAGCGCCGAGAUUCUUGCGAACACAGUAGCGAAGCCAAAGCUUUCCACGACUAUGGAUUUGUUAACAGCGGAUACGGAGUUAACGGAAUUGCACACAAUGCCGGACCGGCGCCCUCGCCGCUUGGACAGAUGCCACCGAACGAUGGCAUGCCCGGCGGUCCGAUGCCACCUAGCUUCUUCAGCUUUAUGGGACCCAGAUAUCCAGCGGGACCCAGACCGAACGUUCGUAUGCCACAAAUGGGAAAUGAUUUCAAUGGGCCACCUGGUCAACCGAUGAUGCCCAACAGCAUGGACCCCACCAGACAAGGCGAAGCUGGAGAAUUUGUAGGGUGGCAAGGGUCGCCUGGCAUGAACCCGAUGAACCCCAGGAUGAACCACCCGAGGGGCGGACCCGGCGGCAUGCCACCCAUGGGUCCUGGAACGUACGGCCCCGGUAUGAGGGGCCCACCGCCCAAUAGCAACCUAGCACCCGGUGGGCCCGGUGGUGCUGGUAUGCCGCCCAUGAGCAUGGCUGGGCCCGGUGGCAGACCACAGUGGCAGCCUAACACGUCCACGCCAAUGAACUAUUCGUCGUCCUCGCCGGGUAACUACGGCGGACCACCAGGCUCGAGCGGGCCUCCGGGCCCUGGCACGCCCAUAAUGCCCAGUCCACAGGACAGCAGUAACAGUGGCGGCGAGAACAUGUACACGAUGAUGAAACCAGUACCUGGAGGCAGCAUGCCCGGCGACUUCCCAAUGAGCGGAGGCCCCGAAGGUGGACCGAUGGGCCCAAUGGGCCCCAACACGAUGGGUCCAGUGCUCAACGGAGACGGCCUCGACGGCAUGAAGAACUCGCCAGCGAACGGCGGACCAGGUACGCCACGCGAGGACAGCGGUAGCGGCAUGGGCGACUAUAAUCUUGGCGGCUUCGGUGGACCUGCAGAGAACGAUCAGAACGAGUCGGCGGCCAUACUGAAGAUCAAGGAGAGCAUGCAGGAGGAGGCCAAGAGGUUUGAGAAGGACUCAGACCACCCCGAUUUUUACAUGCAAUAAUUCGCGCCAGCUGACGGGACCGAGAGCAAAUCGCAGAAUCUCGCAGCGAGCUCGGCGACCUAGAGCAAGACGCAGCGGAGGAAAAGUUUGCGAGCGAAGCGAGGCGCGCGCUCACGCGCUGCACAAAGCUAUAGACGCGCGGCGCCCGAUUCACUCCUUCGGCCUCAUUCGACCACACUUCACGCUGGUAGAAGAGAAGGAUAGCGACGCAGAGGGAACGCUCGUUCGUCAUCUUUGUGUCUUUCUUUCCUCCAACCGUGUCCAGUACCCACCACCCACCACCUACCGCCUAGCCCAUUCUCGACGAGAGAGUUUACUUGUAGUUGAAUCGAGGGAGAGGAGAGAUUUUACAAGGCCGUCGUUCUUUGCGUUUUUCAAAUCUAGAAGCUACAUCCGAGUGGUGUGCGCUUCUUUUUUAAGAGUGAAGAUUUCGAGAAAAUAUAUUGUAUAUGUAUAUUAAAAGCUAUCGACCCGAGGCGUACACGUGUACCGCGUAAUAACCAUCCGAGGAAAAUCGGCUCCGCCGAAUCGUGUAAAUUUGUUUGCUCAAAAGACCGACGGACGGAGCGAUCGAAGCUCUAUAGGCGAGCGAUGAUACUCUUAGGUCCGGAGCCGUUCAAUGAAUGUAUAUGCAUCUUCGUGCAGCGCUCGAGGCGGAGAUUUUCACGUUUGUUUCGCGCGACAAAGAGUUUAUCAUUAUAUAUAUAUAUAUAUAGUAAGAGGAAAAGAGUUGCUGGAGAGGAUCGGCCAGUGAGCGUAGGAGGAAUACAUGCAUAAGAGAUAUUUAAGGAUGCGCGGCGCGCGGUACCACUGGUAUACAAAUAUUAUAUUGUCUGCGUUGUAUUCUGACGUCCUAGAGCGAGGCGAUCCCGUCGAACAUUUCCAGAAAGAACUAUAGGUAUAACUACACGCUACUUACUCUCCGUCGUCGCGCGCGGAUGGGGCACUAUUACGCUAUGUUUCCUCGUGUAUUGAUUAAAUUUAUAUUUAUGCGCAUACGCAGAUGUAGAUAUUUAUGUUGUGUUUUUUUUUUUUUUUUUUUUUUUUUUUUUUUUUUUUUUUUUUUUGUCAACAUUUUAAAGUUUUAUUUCGGCAGAGUCCUGAGUGAGAGCUGAAAUUUUUAUCGUUCAAAUAAAUUACUCUCGAUAAUCGAUAACGUUUAAAACUAUCAUAACAAUAAUGAAAACAAAUAUAUAACGAGUAAGUAUAUAUACGUAUAUAUAUAUAUAUAUAUUAAAGAUAAAUCCUAAUAACGAUAAUGUUACAGAAAUGUGCAAUCCUUCGCUCCUCGUAUCAUGUAAGACGAUUUACUUGUAUACACAUAUAUUUUUAUUAUUCCUCGCGAGUUUUACUUUUCCUAAGAAAGAGGCAAGCUGGAAAUUUUCGACGGGAGGCACAUUCCGCGCCCCCACUUUUACUUUAUACGCGUUUUCUUUCUCCUGUAAGAUAGUCAAUCAAAAUCACUAAUCAUGCGAUUGUCCAGAGUAUUAAGUGUUUUAUUUUUUCGUUCGCAUUAGAGAGCGAUUCAAAUUUUAAAGAUAUAUAUAUUAUAUUAUAUAUGUGUAGGCGUUUCGAAGCGAGCGCGUUCGAAGGUUCGCGUGGAUUGCGGGGGUAAUUUUAAAUUCGCGCAUGCCGAGAAGCGAGAAGUAUAUAUUUAUUUACUUUAAUCGGCAUAUGUAGUUUGAUUGUAUACUCAAGUGGAACCGUAAAUAUAGCCGCGGCUCCCGGUCAGAGGCGAUUUCCCGUCUGCUCGGGUCACGACCGACACAAGUGCGAGUCAUUGUAUCGAAACGCGCAACAAAAAUUAUCGAUCUCGUUGAAUUACUGCUAAGAGUGCAAUACUUUUGUCGGAGCUGACUGCCGUGCAGCUCGCGCAAUCACCCUCGGCCGAGCUCCGGCGUUUGGGGGGCGAGGGGGGGGGGGGGCAUUACAGAGGAGGUAUUAGAAGGAACUGCCAAGGCAAAAAAGUCCCCCGUCGCAGUCAGAAAGAGAGACGAUGGAAAGACGGCGGUAUUCGCUACUCGCUCCGCGUGUGUCAACUAUGAAUAUUAUGUACUAUCAUAUUAUUAUUAUGAUUAUUAUUACUAUGAUUAUUAUUAUGUAACAACACUUUGGUUUCCUUUCGCAAGAGAGACAGCGAGUGCGCAGCGACGAAGAAUUCCCCGUCUCAUGUUCCUUCGUACGAAAUGCGGAAAAGAGUAUGCGUUAAUAACGACCUGUGUAUCGAGGAUAAGUUUAAGUUGCGUAGAGCCGCUAAGCUUAGGGGAGAAGCAAAAAGCGCGAACACGAGGACGAUGAUGCUGUAACGCUGAUAGCGUGUAACGAAUUAUGAGAAUUCAAGAGUCGCUUGUUUUGCGGAUUGAGUGACGCUUGCGAAUCGAAACUUUGUGAUGAAAAGUAUUAUUAUAAGGGCAUAGCUUAUAAGGAUGAAGGGGCGAGCAAGGGAUGGCAGAGCGCUGACGCGUCACUCAGUCGGUAAGGAGGACGAUGCCAGAGGCGUUUUUCUUUAUUACAAGAGAUUUGACUGUGUGCGUGGAAAAUACGCUUUCGAUCUCUCUGCGCCUCGUUCGGGAGAAGGUCGUAUACAAUCAUUGCGGGCCGCAACACAAGGCUCUGGCGACGAAACUGAAAACUCACGCAUCUUUGAAUUCAUGCAUAAUUAUUGACAUAAUUGUAGGUAAUCUGUACGAGUAUAGCAUCAGUAGCAUAAAUCAAUAGUUAGAAGAUAAUGAAAUAAAUGUCAUCUAUCCUGCAUUAA